AUGCGGCUGGGCGACCUGAAGCCCCCGCAGGCGCGGCGGCGCCGCGCGGUGCUGCUGGGCUGCCUGCUGCUGGCCGCCGCCGUGGCGCUGCGCAGCGCCACCCGCCCCUGCCCCGCCGCCCCCGCGGACGCCGCCGCCGCCCACCCCCGCUGCCGCGAGCGCCUCUACCAGGCGCUGGAGCUCUCCCCCGGCAGGAGGAUCAACUGCUCGGGGGUCGUCCACGGGGAUGAGAAGGCCAUCCGGGACGCCCAGCUCGGCAACCUGGAGGUUGCGAACAAAAGGGUUUCCCUGACGCCUGGCGAGUACCUGAACAUGACGAAGGACUGCAGCAACUUCAAGGAGACCCGGCGGUUCAUUGAGUUUCCGCUGAGCCAGGAGGAGGCAGAGUUCCCCAUCGCCUACUCCAUGGUCAUCCACAACAAAAUCGAGAUGUUCGAGCGGCUCCUGCGGUCCCUCUACACCCCCCAGAACGUCUACUGCGUCCACAUUGACAGCAAGUCCCCGGCCACCUUCCAGGAGGCUGUGCGGGCCAUCGUAGCCUGCUUCCCCAAUGUCUUUGUGGCUAGCCGCUUGGAAAAGGUGGUCUAUGCCUCCUGGUCCCGGCUGCAGGCCGACCUCAACUGCAUGCAGGACUUGUUACAGAGCCCCGUGCCAUGGCGCUACUUCCUCAACACCUGCGGCACCGACUUCCCCAUCAAGACCAACGCUGAGAUCGUCCGUGCCCUGAAGACGCUGCAGGGGCAGAACAGCAUGGAGUCAGAGAAGCCCUCGGCCCUCAAGCGGGAGCGCUGGCAGUACCACCACGAAGUGGGGAAUAUCAUCUCCCGGACAGCCACAGAGAAACUGCCGCCACCCCACAACUAUCCCAUGUUCACAGGCAACGCGUACAUCGUGGUCACACGGGCCUUCGUGCAGCACAUCUUUGAGAACCCCACAGCGCAGGAGUUCCUCGAGUGGGCCAAGGACACCUACAGCCCUGACGAGCACGUCUGGGCCACCCUCAACCGCAUGCCCGGCGUGCCGGGCGCCAUGCCCCAGAAUGACAAGUUCCAGCUCUCGGACAUGAACGCCCUGCCCCGCCUGGUCAAGUGGCAGUACCUGGAGGGCGACACCAGCAAGGGCGCGCCCUACCCGCCCUGCACCGGCCGGCACCAGCGCGCCGUCUGCAUCUACGGGGCGGGCGACGUGCCCUGGAUGCUCCAGCAGCACCACCUCUUGGCCAACAAGUUCGACCCACUGGUGGACGCCGCCGCCAUCCAGUGUCUCGAGGAGCACCUGCGCCACAGCGCCCUCUACGGCCGGGGACUCUGAGGGGAAGCCGCGGAGACCCUCGCCAGCACCUGCCUCCUUCCGCAGGCGAGUCCCGCCGGCGGCGCCUCAGCGACAGCGGGAGGGACUGGAGGCCGGCAUUACCCGCGCUGGCGGAGGGAUCUUUCUGCGCGGCAGGCGUGCGGUCGGGCGCGGGAGCCUCGGCGGUCCCCUGAGGGAGAAGCGGCCGCGCGCGGCAGGCAGUGCCGCGCGCGCGAGCGAGCGAGGUAACUGAUGGUCGGGAGAGCCGCGCGGUCCGCUGGAGCGGGGGGCGCCCCGCGGAGGGGUACGGACGGGGCGCCUCGGAGGCGGGAAUGCCCGGUGUGGAAGGGCGGGAGGGCUCAGCCUCCCCUGCCCUGCCUCCUCCCUUCCACCGUCUCCCCGACCCGCGGGCUUCUCCUCACAGACACCGUGCGGGGCGCCGACUCCCGCCCGGCACCCCAGGCAGCUUUCUAACAGACCGUCUUAAAGAAACGGGGGUAGCGUAUUUUUCCGUUCUCCUUCUACAGUCUGUUCGCAGAAGUGACCCAGGGCUUCUUGUAGACAGGCAGGGCCAGGUCAUGGACCACGGUGACUCCACGUCCUGCUACAAGCAGAGCUGGAACUAUAAUUAAUUUGCUUUUCUACAAAGCACCUGGCAGGCCACUCACUCCUGGCACCUGCUGCACUGCUCAGUUUAACAUCUAGCUGCUGCUUUUGCAUCACUUUGAAGUUUAAUUUCUAUCAAUAGCCAUUAAAACAAAAAUCCUUCAA